AUGGCGGCAACUGAACAGAAGCCCAAGGUGAAGCUCUACUGGCUGGAGCAAUCGAGAGCCCAGAACAUCCUGUGGCUCCUCGAGGAGCUCAAGAUUGACUAUGAAAUCGAAGUGUUCCACAGGAAUAAGCAGACGCUCUUGGCGCCUCCCGAGCUGGCAAAGGUUCAUCCGCUGGGCAAGUCGCCCGUGAUUGAGAUUUUCCCGACCGGCUCUGGCGAGUCCAUCAAGCUGGCCGAGAGUGGCUACAUGACGCAGUACCUGUGCGAGCACUUUGGCCAGAACACCAGCCUCAUCCCCAAGAAGUGGAAGGACGGCCAGGAGGGCAAGAUUGGCGGCGAGACUGAGGAGUACUCGAGGUGCCAGUACCUGCUUCACUACAUUGAGGGCAGUCUGCUCCCGGUCCUCACCAUGUCUCUGGUCAUUGGAGCCCUGAAAUCCGAUAAUGUACCCUUCCUCGUCCGGCCCAUCACGUCGGUGGUGGCCAACCGGAUCUACAGCAUGGUGAUCUUCCCCAACGCCAAGAAGCACAUGGCCAUGAUUGACCAGAUGCUCGAGACAUCGCCCAAUGGUGGCAAGUACAUUUGCGGCGAGCACCUCUCGGCCGCCGACAUCCUCCUCAGCUUUGCGCUCAUCGCGGCGCAGCCCCGCUUCGACGGUCUGGGGAGCUGGCCCGGCGGUUCUGCCAAGGCGGCGCACCCCCGUGUAUUUGAGUAUAUCGAGAGGCUCAAGAAGGAGCCCGGCUAUGAGAGAUCGGCGCAGAAGAUUCGCGAGAUUGACGGCAAGUUUGAGGCCACGAUCUCUAAGAUCGCGUCGCAAAGUUCAUCAUCUCACGGCUUCAUCUCAGAGCUCUUGUAUGAUGCUAAGUGGCCCAAGCUUCCCGAAUGGAGCGCUACCGCAGGGACCAACGGCAGGGAUUCCGGGCCGCUAAAUCGACGUGCGUUCCUCCCGCUGUCGGCAGCUUUUCCAACGAACGCCAUGCUCGCCUCGAGGAGGGUAUGCGCCCAAUGCCGUUCGAGGCUUCUGGCCGGCGCGGCUACAAUCGGCGCGGUCCGACCGAACUCGACGACAAGCUUCCCGUCCGCCGCCGUGGACCAGCCGUCCCGAACCCCGAAACCCAAAGCGACACGACCACCCACGAGGAAGCACAAGGGCAGCGGCAACGAGACUGCGAAGCAGAGAGUCCUGGAUCUAUUUGAAGAGACCGUCAGCAAGCAGCCCGCGGCGGCGGCUCCUAGCAACGGCCCGGGCGUCAACCAGCUCUACUCACUUACCGACGAGCUCAGCCAACUCUUACAACAGAGACAGAAGCAAAAGAUCUCCGAUUUGGAAUUUGCGACACAGGCAUACACGUUCAUAACCACAAAACUUCUGGUGUCCGCGCAAAAGUCGGGUGUCUAUCUGCCUCAGGUUACCACAACAAUAGCCAGCCAAGCUUUACAACAAAUCACGAGAAUCAAGUUUGCGACGGUAGAGGCCGCCGACCUCCCCCGAACGGUAGACAUAUGCAAGUUGUAUACUCACAUAAAUAACAAGAGGGUUGUGAGGCGACUGGAACUCGUCAAUGGCCUCCUGCGAGCAAUCAUCUCAACUCGAGCGGACCCGGAGAACCAGGCUGUGGAGGACCGGCUGCUGGAGGAUCUGGUGGAGUGCUGGAAACACUUUUCGGGCUUAAAGCGCGCAGACAGCGGCCUCGAGUCGGAUCCCGUGUUUUGGCUCACGUCACGGCGGGACUUGCUAGGGACCGAGAGACCCGAUAGACUCCUCCGCGCGCUCUUCCCCUUUUUUGCAGCCAACGAAACGUCAGGCCUAGGACCGGCCCUUGUAGCCACAUACGUAUUGCUGUCUGAGUCCAAGCAUAUGAUCAGCAAGGCCAGGUUGGAGGCACACCCGCUGUUGGAAGCACUGGAUCCUAUUGUCAAGCAAUUCGAUAAGGACAUGCUGGAGGAGCUCUUUCGCGACCAUGCCGAAGUCUGGAGCUACGUCCAACCACGGGCGGACUGGAGGGUGACGCGCGUGGCUCCCGGAACGUGGAAAGAGUUGGAUACUGUGUCUCCAGGCAAACCCGAUCAAGCCAAGUCAGCGGUGCGGUUCUCUUAUGCCCUGUGGCACCGGCGGUUCGAGACCGUCUUCCGUGCAAACGACACUGCAGCCAUCCAGCAGGCCUGGAGAGACCUGAUCAACCCGGCCAACGACAAGGACCGGACCCUGAGGUUGCAGAGCUCUCCAGACCUUUUCGAUUACAUCCUGUUCCUCGCGUGUAGCAAGUACGGGUUAGGCGCAAGCUUUUCCAAGCUGACGGAGGAGAUAUUGGCGUACAUGAAGACUCUGGGCAUGGCCCCGACGGUCAGAACGUACACGUCAAUGAUGAGUGGCUGGAAAGAGGCCAGGCGGUUGGAGCCGAUUGAGAACCUGUGGAAAUUCAUCACAAACGCAGGUGUCAAACUGGACCAGCAGAUCUGGUCGAGCAGGAUCUCGGCCCUCGGCCUUUUGGGCGGCGAACAUGACGGUCUGGGUGCCCUCAAGGAGAUGGAUAGGUUGUGGAGCAUGGCAGUAAAGAACGGCACGCAAGGAAAGGCCGUCGAGCCUGGCAUUUCCAACGUGAACGCAGCCAUUUCCGGCUUGCUCCGCCGUGAUAACAUGGAGGUCAUCCGUACCGUACUGGACUGGGCGACCGACAAGGGCAUCACGCCCGACAUCUACACUUACAACAUGCUCCUAUCACGCAUGCUCAAAAAGGGGGCCCACGAGGAGGCGGACCGGAUCCUCGCCAGCAUGAAGACGGCGGGCAUCACGCCGGACGGGGCCACCUUUACCGUCAUCAUGGAGGCGGCCCUCAGCGACCUGCCAGACCAGACGCCGCAGGAGCAGCGGGAGACGAUGGACAGGGUAUUCUCCGAGAUGGCCGCCUGCGGCAUCGAGCCCAACCAGGAGUCCUACGGCAAGAUGCUCCACGUCCUCGUCCGGGCGGGCGACAGCGGCAAGCACGCCGUGGCCGCGCUGCUCUCGCACCUCCGCGCAUCCCGCCUCCACCCGUCGACCGAGAUGUGCACCAUGCUGGUCGAGUACUACGUCAACCGGAAUCGGCCCGACCUCGACUCGCUGCGCGCCCUCGUCGCGGACCGCCGCGCGCGCACGCGGGCCCUGACGGACCGCGUCUUCUGGGAGAGCGUCAUCAAGAACUAUCACCGCGCCGGCGACCUCGACAGCGCGCUCGAGGUCGUCUACGACCUUGAUGAUUGGGGGAUCUGGCCCGGCUUGCCGCUGCUCGACCCUCUGCUGCGGUCUCUGGUCCAUCGGCAAGACUUUGAGGGGGCCAAGAAGCUGGUCGAUACCGUCCGCAAGCAGGCCAGGCCUCAGGCCGCGGACAAGGCAGGUCGCUUUUCGAAGCACGGGUUCUGGGCGUUUGCUCAUGAUUACCGUCUGUUGCCGGGGCAGGAGGAGGCGUAG